AUGGCUUCCGAAGCAACCAACAUCGUCCUCCGCAAGAUCACAAUCUUCGCCUUCCCGCCAGCCUUCAUCAUCCUCCUCAUCCACGGCAUCAUCUCCAACUGCGCCUUCCCAGCCCUCGGCAUCCUGCCCCUCGCCGCCUCCGCGAUCCUCGGUCUCUUCAUCAUCCGCCGCGACCUCAUCGCCGCCCUCGGCUCGCCCAUCCAAGCCCUCACGCCAUCGAACAUCUUCUUCGCCGAUGUCACCCUUGGCGUUUUCCACUUGGUCUUUCUCUUCAUCAGCUGGGCGCUCAUCAGGGAGCCGUGGGACAGAGGUCAGAUUGUCCUCGGCACCUACGGAACGGUGCCUUUGAUGCUCGACACGGCUAUUCACCUUUAUGUUCUGCUCCCGCAGAUCGGGCAUAUGCUCGUCAGCCGUCGUUGCGACUGCCCUCACUGCCAGAGUGUGAGCAAGACAAGCUACUUCACGACGGGCGUGUCGGAAUACACUCCUCUCAGUGAUGGCGACACGGAGCCUGAGAUCCUCGAGAGGGACCUUGAAGCGGGUAACUGA